AUGCGCUUAAACGGGGAGCUCAAAAAUUAUAGCCACCUUGCUCCUGCGGAAGAGUUGACGGACCCCCCUCACUCCAGGCCUGUGACACCGGCAGCACCAGCUGCUGACGCAGCAGCCGCCGCAGCAGCAACAGCAGCAACAGCAGCAGCAGCGAUGGAACUGCCGCCAGUGCCACCUGAAUUCGAUGCUCUUGCGGACGACUUCAUUUCUGCCCUUGGUCCCAAUGAGGAGAGGUCGAGGGUUCGGGCGGAGGCGUUUGAGCACCUUCGCGCCGCCAUUCUCGAGGCCUUCACAGAUUUUAGGGUCCUGUGGCGGCAGCAGCAGGUGCUGCAACAGCAGCAACAACAGCAGCACGUACUGCGGCAGCACCCACAGCAAAGUCGGGAGGAAGAAGAAGAGCAGCAAGAACCGGGACCUGAUUCCUCUCUGGACCAGUUGAAAGAGGAACGGCAACCACAGGUGACGCUGCGGGAAGGGCAGUGUUGUGAGCAGAAGCAACAACAGGGGCAGCAGCAGGGUGCAAAACAGCAAGGAGAUGAUGCAGCAGGCAGCCAAGAGCAAGGGUCUUCUAGCGAGCGCCACCCCUUGGGAACCGAAACAGUUUUGCUGCCUCCCGAGGUCAUGCUGCGUGAGCAUGACCAAGAGAAGCAGCCGCAGCAAGGGGAACCUCAGCAGCAGCAGGAGCACCAGGAGCACCAGGAGCACGACAGGCGUCUGUGCAGGGGAGCGUCAAGUUGCUGCCGGGCGCGCACGGACUCUCCCUCUUCAUUUUUCUCGGUUUCUUCAUCUCCUUCGCCUACUGCCGCAGCAGCGCUGGCAGGAGCAGCUGGGAAAGCCGCAGCAACAGCACCUGAGUGGCGCCAAGCUCCGUCUUCCGGUUUUGAGUGUAAGAAAGCAUCCGUGCCUCCAUCUCUGUUGCAGGCAUCAUCCGAUGACCCCAGCAGUAUCAGCAGCGGCCUAGGCCACAGCGCCAGCCAAGUGCCCGGCAAUGGCAACGGCUGCGACGUAUCAGGAGGCGCGAGUGGCAGCAGCACCACCAAUAGCAGCAGCACCACCACCACCAGCAGCAGCACUGAUUCUAGCGGCGCCAGCUGCAGUGUGCGGUGUCUGUCCGAUAUAUGCGUGGCUGUUCUACGUUAUGGCUCCUUUCCUUUGCUCACUUACCUGCCCGACGGAGACUUGGACGUAGGAGUCAUAACUUUUUCUCCAGAGACGGGGGUGGUGGAAGGCGAGGAGGAAAGCGAAGCUUUUCUGGUUUAUCUACACCUCAGAUUUAGGCGAGGCGACCUGAAGGUCGAAUCAUGGGGAGACAGCUCAGACUCAUCCUGUGGGGAUCCGGUGGGAUCCAGGGGCCCUCGUGGCCCUGGCACACGGGGCUCCAGGGGGCCUCGCAUUCGCAAUGUCCACUUGGUGAAGGCGGACGUGAAGAUUUUAAAGCUUGAAGUUGACAGUCUUGCUGUGGAUUUGUCGGUGAACAAGGUGGGAGGCUGUUGUUCGUUAGCCCUGCUGGAACUCCUCGAUCGUCGCAUUGGGCGUUUUCAUCUUUUUAAGCGUUCUGUGAUUCUCGUGAAGGCAUGGAUGGCGUACGAGAGCCACUUACUUGGGAGCCGUUCGGGCCUUCUGGCAUCGUACUGCCUGGAAGUGCUGGUGUUGCAUCUGUUUUCCUGUCUCCCGGCUUCAAAGCUUCGAAGUCCCCUUCAGGUCCUCCAGGCGUUCCUAUCCUACUUUUCUAGCUUUGAUUGGGCAGCCUUUGCCGCCACUGCGGCGGGGCCUCUCCCCCUGUGGCUUUUGCGCCUCGCAAAUCAACAGCAGCAGCAGCAAAUAUUGCUGCUACAGCAGCUGCAGCAGCAGGGGUGUGAACCGCAGCAGCAGCAAUUGCAGCUUCAGCAAUUGCCGUUCUUGAAUGAGUUAUUGGAAAUCUCAGAGCAGAGCAGCGGCAGCCACAGAGACGGAGAUCCGCGACUUGAACGUCUGGCCUUCGUCUCGCAGCACAUCCACCCUGAGAGGGGGUUCUCGAGGGAGACUGUCACGAUACAAGUUUGCAAAUGUAUCGCGAACUUUGCCUUCGUAGAAGAAUGCAGGAGACGGGGGUGGCAGGGACUUGCGACACCUGAGCCCAUUGAGGGGGGCGGGGUGCGUGAUCUUCUGCGGUUCCGCAUGUGCUACGGAGGUAUGGGGGGCCCGUCACGCUUUCCAGGGACUUCCCGGAGUGGGCAGGCCUUUGGCUGGCCGGAACCCAGCUCCCCCACUGCUCAAUACAGCAGUAGUAGCAGCAGUGGCAGUGGGCGCGUCAGCGCCCCAACGACUCCUAUGAGCCGUUGGUCUCAGCCAAGCGGGCGGGGCCUGGGGGGCUCCUUUAUUCCUCCUUACCAUUCGCGUCCGGCGCCUCGUUCAGGCGGUACUGGGGUCUUCACACUUCGGUGCAUCAAUGUAGUUGAUCCACUUUUGAAUACAAACAAUUUGGGACGAAGUGUCAGUGAGCCUGCCUUCAUUAGACUGGUGGAUGCUUUAAAGAGGGGGCAUGCCACUCUCACCGCGGUGCUACAGCGGGGCGACAAAGGGGCUUUCCAAUCCCUAGUGUUCAAGAACAGCUACAGCUACCUCCAGCGUCUUCGACACGAACAGACCCAAGAGCCACUGAUCAAGCCGCUUGUCCUCCUAAGACUCAACCGAGGGCCUUCCCAGUACCCUCGAGCGGUUCUUGAAGAUGAUAGGGUACCUUGCCCUACUAGAGACCCGUAUGCAGAAUUUCUAAAGUGUCUUCAUUCGAAGACGGGGGCACCGUUGGAAUUUGGGGAUAGGCAGAGUCCGUCGGGGCAGUGUGGACACCCGCAACUGUCUUCACAAGGCCCUCGAGGGGCGUCCUGCUCCGCAGAGUCCCAAGGUAGAAUAGUUGAGGGCGCCGAGGAUGGACAGCAGUCUGAAGAACACGUGCAGGAGGGGCUUGUCAGGUCGCCUGGAAUUGAGGGUGCCUCACUUUGUCCACGCCCAACGGCGAAUCACUCACUGGGCCAGCAACAACAGGAGCAGCAACAGCAACAGCAGCACCAGCAUCAACACCAAGGUCAGGCAGGGCACAAAAUCAAUCUGCAGCUGGCUGACGAGGAGUUGAGGGGUCUGUUGGCUCUCUGCCAACUUUUGUGCAAGACACCAGGGGAGGGCGACAACUCUGGGGUAUCCCCCGAAGUGACAAGAAAGGGGGGGGCCCACCACGCAUGUGCAUCCCUGAACGCCUUCGGGUCUCGCCUUUGCAUUUGUAGCCAUCGUAACGCUACCCCAGCAAGAGCAUCCGAGGAAUGUGCUGCUCCUCCGUCGAGCAGCAGUGAAGCGUCGGUUGGGAUGGCGGAAGAAGGUUGGGCCGGAGGCGCGACAGGGCACACGCCGAGUGUUCCCGAAGCAACGGUCCUUCCUAUUGAGGCAGCAGCAGCAGCAGAAGCAGCCAUUACAAUUCAGAUUCUUCUUCCAUAUUGCACCAGGGGGUGUAGGCGGAAUAGCAGCGCUGGCAGCUACGCAAAUGAGAUGAGAACCGCUGGGGGCCCACCGUCCAUAGGAUCACCAAGAAGCGCGUGUAGUCUAGGGCGCACCUCGUGGGACACUCGGGGAGGAGGGCAUAGGAUGGCGGGGGAGGGGGCUCCACGGGGCUCCCGGGGAUCUUACAACGAUCGCCUGAGGAGAGCCCAUCCUUUUUCUAUUAUGCGCCAUAGAGCUGGUGGGGGGAGAAACUCCCUGCAGCAUCAGCAGCAGCAUCAUCUGCUGUUGCAGCAUAUGCAGCAGCAUCAUCCCAUGCAUGCGCUACCUCCUAGUCGAGAUCCUUACUGGCAAUCGCGGCGGCAAUUCUCUGCCCAGGCAACGUUGAUUGGAGCUCCCCUGGAGGGGCCGUCAUCAGCUGCAGCUGGAGUUCCACUGGGGGCGAGUGCCAUAUCUCACUGGCGUGGAGAGGACGGCAAUUCGCCAUCUGCUGCUGGUGCAGCUGGUGGAGAGGGGUCACCCGUUGGAGGAAUCGGUAGGAGACGCCUGCACGGUGGAAUGGCACGCCAAGGGUGCCCUUUGGCCCCUGGGGGCGCUGCGAACUUUCAGCAGGGCCACCAUAUGACAUCAUUUUCGCCAAUUGUCGCAGCAAGGGCACAACCACUGCAUCAAGGCCGGGGCUAUGCUUCAAGUUCAGGUGUCGGGCUGCCCCGCCCCGUCGAAGCUAAAGAUGUUGCAGGGCUGCCGAAGAAGUCCCUUGGAUGGAGCCAUUACGCUCCAUUGGGAGGACAGGGUGAGCUGCACCGCGACCCUACUGCGCCUAGGCACGGUGUAGUUUUUAACAAGGAACGGAGAAGCAGCAGCAACAGCAGCAACAGCAGCAGCAAAGGCAGCGUCGCCGACUCUAGACUCCCUCGAGAACGGUGUGAUGUAACUGUUUCUUCAAAAGUCGGGCAACAGCAGCUGCUGUACCAACAAGAUCUGCCCACAUCGGGGGGAUCCUAUGUUGCGGCACUGACGGGGCAGGCGGGCCCCGCAAGCCCACCUACACCUAGCGGGAAGCAGCAGGAGCAGCAGCAGCGGUACCAACGAGGAAACCGUGUCGAGCGAAGGGACAUCCGAUCCUCCGUAGUUAGUGAUUUGUCGGAGGAUGUUGGGGAGACCGGGCCUUCCAGGGGCGUACGUAGAGGCUCCGGUGACUGGACCUUUAGUGCAGUCGCAGGCAGCAACAGCUACAGCACCAGGAGCGCGCAGGCAACAGGCAUGCGAACCACACAUAGGAUGCCCCAUCAGCCAGCGGAUAUUCAAACUCCGCAUUGGGGAACUGAAGGCGGUGUAUCAGGGACUCCACCCACCCCCAGCAGCUGGUCGCGCCAGCAUCAGCUGCAGCAGGGAGGGACGCACCCCCGUGGUGGGAUUUCUCUCCCAUUAAGAAACGCAAGAGGAGGGGCCCCCAACGCGGUGCUGCAGGGUUUGGGGUUGCAUGCGGCGACACCUUCUGCUGCCCCGAGUAGAGUUGCUCGUUACCGCGAUGCGGGUCUUAGACAAGGGGGGACUCCAGGGGGUCCUACGUGGAGCAUCCCAGAGCCGCCUCAACAACCACCGCCACCGCCUCCUCCUCCUCCCGUUACACCGAGUGGGGCACUGGCGGGCUUAGAACCUCAGCCGGAAGGUCCUCGAGGGCCUACCCACAGGCGCAACUGGGCUGCUGUAGUAGGGGCCCCUGCCUCUGGAGCGUCGACGUCUAUCGGGGGCGUUCGAGCCCGGGUCACCCCCGCUUCACCACCUGCAGCAUCGGCAAUAGCAACAGCAGCUUCUCCUGCUGAUGGUUCUGGGGCCCCCCGCCCAGCCUCGGCAGCAGCACGGCCGUCUUCGCCGUCUCUCGACAGAGAGUUCUUUUCCCAGAAGGCCUCCUCUGAAGGCAGUGCCCGCGUAGGGGUUUCAACGGAAGACGCUCAAGGGGCUCCCCCGCCAGCAGCAGCAACGGCAGCAACAGUAGGAGCAGUGGCAGAGGGUUGUUCUGAGCAUCCUGAUGGCCACUUGCCUUCUAGGGGAUCUGCGGAGCUCAGAAAGUCGACACCUCAGUGGGGUACACGGUCUACAGUUGGGGUCACCUGUCAAAACCCUCACAGCAAAGCAGCACCCAAAUGGGCCAUUGGGGCCCCCUCGGGGGGCCCCCGCGUGGCCUUCAGGGGAUCCCGCACAAGCGCACAAGACGCAGAUGGGACUUCUAGGGUGCCGGAGCAACAGCAGCAGCAACAGCAGCAGUGGGAUGGGUCUUCUACACCGCCUUCAAGAGGCCACUCCUGGGCAGGAGAUUCCACAGGCCUGUGGCGGCCUGGGCCUCCUUCCUCGGCAGACCUUUCGGGGGGGGGGCUCGCCCUUGACGGGCGUUCUCAUCCGUCAUGGGGGCUCUCCACUUCCCCUCUUCCAGAGAGAGGCCUCGCGACAAAACAGCGGGAGACCCCAUCUUUAACAGGCGACUUACUCUCCCUUAAGCUGGAGGAUGUUGCACUUCUCAGCGCGGACGACAAGGCAAAGGCCCUGCUUGUGGCCAAGCAGCAAGUUGCUGCUCUGCAGGAUGCAGCGGAGUGGCGGACAGCCACGAGCAAACGGGAACGGAAAAAGUCCUCUGCCUCGGGAAGACACGCAAAGUCCCAGCUGGCGCACUUGCUGGCGGUGCAGCAGCUGCUACAGCAGCAACAGCAGGCGCAUCAGGAGGGUGAGGAGGCCACACCAGAAGGGCAGCAACGAACCUCCCAGCCAGACAGCUCAGAGGGCAUCAAAGAGGUAAAGGACUCGGGUGGUGGAGGGGUAACUGCCACGGGUCAAAGGGCUGGUCCUGACGCUGCAGGAGGCGCGGCAGAAAGGGCGGAAGACACUCCACCGUGA